AUGCUUGGUUUCUUCAUGCAAAUGGCACACUCAUCACAGCCUCUUUAAAGCACCAUAGAAAGGGACGUGUCUCCAUACAGAUUCAAAUUGGCCAACGAAAAAGUGCACCAGACAGGAUUUCUGCUGCAUCCACAGAGAAGUGACUGAAGCAAAGGCAAUUUAGACUUACCAGGAAUGUAAACAGUUGGAAAAAAUACCAUCACAACUGAGGAAAUUUUCACUUCAUAUAUUUCCUUCAUUGGCAUACACUUGUUGCUUCAGAUCAGGAAUCCAUGAGCUCGUUUUUUCAAAUUCCUUAUUUGGGAGAAUAUCUGACCUCAGUGGUUCACCCUUUGUGGUUACUUAUGCUUCUGAUUUUACUUUAUUCACCAAUGGUAGGGUUUUUUUUGUUUCUCUGGGCUUUAUCAUUUCUGUUGCAUAUUUACAAGAAGAUGAAUAACCAGCAAGAAAGCGAUAGCAAAUUUUGGGAGAAACCAAGGAAACUUGUUGCUCUAGCUUCUGAUAUAGUUGGAAAGAUAUGCUUUGGUUAUGAAGUUAUUGGCAUAGAACAUAUCCCUAAAGGACCAGGGGUUAUUGUUUAUUACCACGCAGCCACUUCUACUGACUAUUCCCUUUUAGUGGCUAAACUUUUUAAGGAGACACAGAGAAAGUGCUAUUCAGUAAUCGAUCAUGCCAUAUAUCAGCUACCAGGGUUGAAGAUAUUUUUUGAUACCAUGGGUUUGAAAGAUUUCAGUAAAGCUGAAUGUGUGGAAAUUUUGAAGGAAGGCCAUUUUAUCGGCAUUUCACCUGGUGGAGGUAGAGAAGCAAACUUCAGUAAUGACUACAGCUUAAUGUGGGGUAAACGCACAGGUUUCGCUCAGAUAGCUUUGGAGGCAAAAGUGCCCAUCAUCCCUAUGUUUACACAAAACGUUCGUGAAGCAUUCAGGAACAUUGGAAGGACAAGGUUGACAAGAUGGUUAUAUGAGAAAACACGACUUCUCUACCUUCCCAUAUAUGGACCAUUUCCAGUGAAAAUGAGGACAUAUAUUGGAGAACCCAUCCCAUAUGAUCCAAAUAUAACAGCUGCAGAGCUGGCUGAAAAAACAAAGACUGCAAUUGAAAAUCUUCGGGAUAAAUACCAAAAAAGGCCAGGAAAUAUAUUAAGAGCUCUCUCAGAACGAUUUGAUAAGCAUUACAAAACUAACUAGUUCAUAUAAAACUGCUGCAGUGUUUCUGACGAGAUUUCUGUAAUAGGAAGCAUUAAUAAUUAUGUUAUUAAAGCUAAGUUGAUAGACACAGAAUUGUGCUGGAUUGUU